AUGACUAAAUAUUUACUUUAUAUGGUCCAGAUGCAUUUAAAUUUCCGUCGUGCGGAACUGGAAUCAUUGGCAGACUUAUUCAACAUUAAGAUCAACUUAGACUCUUAUAAUGAGCAUUCCCCAUUUCUUAUCGUUGAUUUAGACAAUGAAGAACAAGCUAAACAACUGAUACAAAGAAGCAUCCUUUGUAAAGCUAUCUAUGAAUAUUGGGGGUAUGGUCAAAAUUAUCCAACUUUACAUCAAAAUAUACAAAACGAACCGAAUUUUGUACAAAGAAGGGAUUCGAACAAGUUUAAGUCAUUCAAAUUUGAUUUUGAAAGUUUUGGUGGAAACCAUAAAAAAUCCUUGCCUGAAAAGAUCGACACAAUCAAUCAAUUCAAAUAUUUAGAUUUUCAAGGUGAGAUAAAACUAAAAGAUCCGCAAGAGAUCUUUACUAUUAUUGAAACCUACAGCAUGAUUGAUCCUCAGACUUCAAGUAACCAAACAGAUGGAAUUUAUUUUGGUCGGUUGAUACAAAGAAGUGACCGUUCCAGCAUGGAUCUUUACGAUUUAAAGAAAAGACCAUACAAGGGAACGACCAGUUUUGAAAGUGAAUUGUCACUGAUAAGUUGUAACAUAGCACAAGUCAAACCGGGAACUAUCAUGUACGACCCAUUUGCAGGCACAGGCUCAUUUUUAGUGGCUGGUGCGCAUUUUGAUGCCUUUGUGCUGGGGACAGAUAUAGACGGUAGAAUGAUCAGGGGCACAGGUAAAGGUAGUGAACAUAAUAUGGUCGAUAACUUCAGAUAUUAUAAGACUGAGUCUCAUUUCUUAGAUGUGAUGACUAUGGAUUUCACACAUAACUCACUAAGAUCGAAUCUUCCAAUUGAUACGAUUCUGUGCGACCCGCCAUAUGGGAUCCGUGAAAGUAUUAAAGUUUUAGGUGCUAAGGAUCCAGAAAGGUUCGAGGGGAAAGAAAAUGUGGUUAUUGAUGGUGAAAAGGCAUAUUUAAGAAAGGAUUAUAUACCUACUAAGAAACCAUAUUCUUUGGAUUCUCUUUUAGAUGAUUUAUUGAAAUUUGCCAGUGAAAGAUUGCCAAUUGGUGGACGUUUGGCCUUUUGGAUGCCAACAGCCAACGAUGAGAAUGUGGAAACAAUCAUACCAUUACACAAAAAUCUGGAAUUGAAAUAUAACUGUGUCCAAGAAUUCAACAAAUGGUCACGCAGAUUAUUAGUUUAUAUCAAUCGAGGCGACAAAUAUAAUGGGCCAGAAAAUCAUGGGAUAAAGAGGUCUCAAACUAACUUCAGAGAUCGUUAUUUCACACAUUUCACUAAAUGA